GGAGGGAGGGGGCGGGGCUUUCGGGUUGCCGUGGUGACGGGGUACACACGGCCGCGGCGCGCGCGGCGACCGUUGCCGCCUGUAACGGCCCGGGGGCGAGCUGAGGUGCGGGCCCGGGCGCUGAGGGGGACAGGGGCGGAGGGCUGUGCCGGUGCUGUGCUUUUUAAUGUUAAAAUGUCGGCCCUAACGGUCUUUCUUCCUUUCUCUCAACGUGUCUCAGCUAAUAACCUUUUCUGGCCUUUCGUUCUGAAGGAAUUUGGUUUUUCUUUAACUGAAAAAUGAAUUUUCUGGGGGAGGUUGAGACUUAAGAUGCCCUCUAAAGACAGCGAGUUCUCGUUUUGCCUUCUUCAAAUCACUUUUCGUCACGCUCCUCGCAUUUUCAGACUCCCUUUGUUUGAAAGGCACCCCCAAAUUCUGCUCCAGUUUACUUUAAUUAGAAAUUUCCUUCUGUUUCACUUUGUGGCAUAGCGCUGGAUGUCCCGGGAUUUACCAGAGGAUUGUAGGACAAAUUAUGAGCCAUGAUUUAAUUCUGCAAAACUUGAUGCCUCUACCUGGCUGUGGACACAAUAAAUUAUGGCUUCACAAGGAGAAAAACAAGCUCAACCCUUUACAGACAUCUUUGAUGAAGAUGAAGCUGAAAAAUCCUUUCUGUUGUCCAAGCCCACUUGCUUAAUUGUCCUUGGAAAGCCCGGUUCUGGAAAGAAAACAUUAGCUAGAAAACUAGCACAAAUAUGGAAAUGCAUUUAUAUAGAAGCUUUGGAAGUAAUUGAAAUGAAUAUUCGUGAAGAAACAGAAUAUGGGCUUAAGUGUCAAGAAUUGCUUUUUAAAGGUCAAAGUAUUUCUGAAGAACUGGUUACAGAAAUGAUUCUGAAAAAGAUUGAGUCACCAGAAGCUGCUCAUUUUGGUUACGUUCUCAGUGGAUUACCUUCUCUCUCAGAGGAAUAUAUGACUGUUUCACAGCAAAUAGAGAAAAUAAAACAUCUAAAAUUAAAACCAGAUUUCUUGGUUAACAUUAAGUGUUCAGACUAUGACUUAUGCCAGAGAAUAUCAGGACAAAGGCAACACCCUGAUUCAGGGCAGGUAUAUCAGAGGAACCAAUGGGAUCCUAAAGUUAAUGAAAAGCAAAAGAAAAAUAGUGAACAGCAUGGAGAGGAGAAUGAAGAAGAAGUUGAAGAGCAGGAAGAAGAAGAGGCUGCAGAAGAUUCACUUAAGAUGUCAGAAAUUCUGCAUCAAUUAGUGCAAAGGCCUGAAGAUUUUCUUGAAAAUGCAGAGGAACGAGUUGGCAUGUAUAAGGAUAUAAUGCUUCGUUCUUUGGAAGACUUGAUGGCUGAACAGGAUUCUCAAUAUCUCAUUGAACUGGAUGGAAAUCAGCAGCCAGACGAACUCCUUGCAUCAGUUGUAGUUCGACUUCAAUCUAUGGGUGUUCCAAAUGGAGCUCCUGUAACUAGACUUCAAAGUCAGCAAGAAGAAAUGCUGGAAGGACUGGAAAAUGAUGAACUUUUCCGCGUUCUGUCAUCAUUCAAACAAAUAGCACCCAGAUACCGAUGGCGUAGAAGCAGAUGGGGACAAGCAUGCCCUGUGGCUUUAAAGGAGGGUGAUAUUGUAAUGGGAGACCCAGAACUGGCUGUCAGUUUUCUAGGUAAAAUGUAUGUACUGUCAUCCCCGGAGGCACUGAAAAAAUUUAUGUUGAAUCCACGGCCUUACCUGUUACCACCAAUGCCAAUUCCUCCUUGUAAAGUACUAGUAUUUGGCCCUCCAUUUUCCGGAAGAACAACUAUUUGUAAUCUAAUUGCAAACAAAUAUAAAGGAAAGGUUCUUGAUAUGACGGAACUCAUUCAACUCCACAUAGAAGAAUCAAGAGAGCAAAACAUUGAGCAAGUGCGAAGGGAUACAGUAGAAAAGGCUAUAACAGCAGUGAAAAAUAGGUUGGAAUUAGAAAAACAGUUGAAAGAGCCAGGAGACUUGAAGGAACUUAGUAGUGUCAAGGAAGCAGAUGGUUCUGAAGAAACCACUAAAAUGAGAGAAGAAAUAAACUUGGAAGAAGAGAGUAGUGAGGUAAAAUCUGACAUCAUCCAAGAAGGAAUGUCAGAGAUAACUGCUGACCACCCAGAAGUUCAAGCGAUGGUAGAAGCAGCUGUAAAAAGUGCAUCAGAAUCUGAAGUUAUAUUGUCACCUGAAAUAUAUGCAGAAACACUGGAGAGAGCUAUUGCAGAGCUCACGAAGAAGAACAAAGACAGGUUUCCUGGUGCUCCAGAAAAAGGAGGAUGGGUAGUGGAUAAUUACCCUUUGUCAGAAGAUCACUGGUCAGCUUUAUCAGAAAAAGGACUUUUACCUGACACUGUUGUCUGUCUGAAGGAUACAGAAAAAGAUGGAGGCUGUAUACUACGCAGAACAUACUUAGCAAAUAAAGAUGAAAUUAAUUCAAAGAUAUUGAGAAGACUAGAAGAUGAAGCAUUAGAAAAGAAAGAAGCAGCAGCAAGAAGAGAAAUGCAAGAGGUACUGACACUGGAAGAAGAACAGCAAUCUCAGGAAGCUGCUGAAGAGAAAGGUGAAAAAUUUGAGGACAAUGACGAGCAGCUUCCACCUGAAACUGAACACGUGUCUCAGGAACAGUCCGGUGAUUCUGCAGGUUAUAAAGAAGAAUCUAAUCGUUCAGAACAUGCUCCACUUGAAGAAGAACAGAUACCUAGCACGCAACCUGAGCAAUCCACUACGUCUUUAGUAACUGAACCUGAACCAGAAAUUGUGCUACCUGAAUUUGAAGAGGAUGAUUUUCUAGAUAUACCAGAAAUGGAAAUAAUUAAAAGGAUGAUUGACCUUUUCAUGAAUGACUGGCAAAUAGUGGAGUCAGAAAUCAAGCACUCGUCUCAAGUUCAGGUUGUUGUUUUAGAGAUUGCUGAGCAAACUCCAGAAAGUCUGCUUAAUCAAAUUGUUCUGGUUAUGGAGGAACCUUUUAAAUAUCAUGGUUGGGAGUUAUCUGCUGAAGACUUAGAUGAGGAAGCAGAAGACCUGGUUGCUGAAGUGGAAGCUGAAGAAGAAAAUGAAAUUGCAGAAGAGGAAAACGAAGAUGAAGAAGAUGAAGAAAAAGCUAAGGAAAAGAAAAGGCACAUGGGAGAUGCAAAACACUUUUGUCCAGUCAGUCUGAAAGAGAAUUAUGUCCUUUAUCCAGGACUCUCUGAACUUGCAGCUAAAUAUCAAGAAAAGAUUUAUUAUUUUUCAAAUCCUGAAUACAGAGAGAAAUUUUGAAGAACCCUGAGGAGUAUGUGGCUCACAAUGAACCAAUACAAGCUCCUCCCUUAAGGGUGUGCUUACUGGGGACUCAUGGAGCAGGUAAAACCACUUGUGCACGAUGGCUAGCAGACAAAUUCGGUAUUUUCCAUAUUCAGUUUGAAGAAUAUCUACAG